AUGGACGAAAAAGUCGAUAUCGAGCGGAUGGCUCUUCACUCAGGGCUGGUGGUUGGAGGAAGAAGCCGAAAGCGAGAGGUAACGUACGCCUCGCUUUUGGCAUUUGCCCUCUUGUCAACGGCGUCUCUACUCCUACGGUCUGGAGUAUUUACAAAUUCGAGGAGCUGCACAUCUCAUCUGAGUCCCUUGGAACAGGUGUUGGUGCAAGCCCCUCUAACCGCUCGAAGCGUUAUCUAUUUUAGAUUGAUUAACAUGGGUAGUUUAGAUGGCCACAAUGACUUUCCGAUAUGGACUCGAGCCUAUUAUCAGAAUCAUAUCUACCAGUCAAACUUCACCAGCCGUGGGAAUCUGUAUGGCCAAGUCGACUUUCCGCGCCUGCAGCAAGGACGGCUAGGAGCGCAAUUCUGGAGCACCUACGUGGAAUGUCCACGAACCCCGUAUACCACUGCGAACGACAGUGAAGACCUCUACCAUGAGAUAAUCCGAGAUAGCUUCCAGCAGAUCGAUCUAGUGCAUCGCAUGAUCGAGCACUUCCCGGCGUCGCUGGUUCAUGCAUCCUCGGCGGCCGAUAUCCUGCGUAACUUCCGUAACUUUCCAGGAAGGAUUUCCAGCCUUCUCGGGAUUGAGGGAUUGCAUCAAAUUGGAACCAGUGCCAGCGUUCUGCGCAUGUAUCACCGGCUUGGAGUUCGAUAUGCAACUCUCACACAUACAUGCCACAACCACUACGCUGACAGUGAAGCUCCCUCGGAGCCCCAGCACCACGGCCUCUCGUCGGCUGGAGAAGCAAUCGUGGCUGAGAUGAAUCGUCUGGGGAUGAUCGUGGAUAUCUCGCACACAAGCUUCGCGACUCAGCGUGCCGUGCUGGCCCUCUCUCGGGCACCGGUCAUGUACUCGCACUCGUCCGCCUACGGCAUAUGCCCGCACUCGCGUAACGUACCGGACGAUAUCCUUAGGACUCUUCAGAAGAACGACGGGAUCAUAAUGAUAACUUUUUACCCCGAGUUCACAAACUGCAAGAGCGUGGACAAGGCCUCGCUAUCCGACGUUGCUGACCACAUACAGUACGUGGGCAACCUGAUCGGCUACCGCCACGUCGGUCUAGGAAGCGAUUUCGAUGGAAUGGCUCAUGGGAUGCGAGGGCUGGAAGACGUCUCAAAGUACCCCGAUCUUAUCCAGGAACUGCUUGAUCGUGGCGUCAGCGUCGAAGACCUUGUAGGAGUUAUUGGUGGAAAUGUUCUUCGCGUAUUGGCAGCUGUUGAAGACGUAGCUCUCAACUCUAAGCAUAUCUUGCCCCUGGAGGAUGACAUUAAGCCUUUUUUCAAGUAG